AUGGCUGCAUGCUUUGGUUAAUACCGUGAGUUUGAGGUGAUUUUUCACUAUGGCAACGGAUGCUAACACAAUGGAAAAACUGAGAUUCAACUUAAGAGGAGUUUUAUUCGAAACAAAGCGUUGUACAUUAUUGUCAUUCCCAAAUACAUUACUGGCUUCUCUCGAUUCAUGUUCCGAGUAUUGGGACGAGGAGCAUGGUGAAUAUUUUUUCGAAAGAGACCCUAGGGUGUUCAACUCGGUUCUUAAUUUCUACACAAUGCGCGAACUUCAUUUCCCAACGAACAUAUGUGGCUCAGUUUUUCGUAAAGAGAUAGAGUUUUGGAGGAUCCCCUGUUUCUUACCUUUCCGAAUGUUGUUGGAAACACUAUUAUGACACUGAAGAAACAGCAGACAUAAUGGGUGUCAUGAGAAAAGUUGGUGAUGACACCAUACCUUCAUUGAAAGGUGACGCUAUGAAUGUCAGAUGUGAUGGUAUCAGGUACCGGAUAUGGGUUGCCCUUGACAACCCGAAUGUUUCAAAUGCCGCAAUGAUUUGGAACUCAUUCUAUAUGACGGUGGUGAUUGUGAGUACCCUUGUAUUCUUCCUGGCGUCCAUGACUGAGUAUAGAUCUGACCUCUACCUCUCAUCACUAGAAAAACCAUAUGUCAACUAUACCAUACCAUCCGAGAAGCUCCGAAUAUACUACCUGAAGGAUAUGGACCCGCUGUUGUUCGUCGUCGAAUACAUAUGCAUGUUGAUAUUUACUGUAGAAUUGAUUUUAUAUUUUGUAGUGUGCCCUUGUCGCAGGCAGAUUAUCUACAGCCCCAUGAAGGUCCUUACCCUAUUGUUAAUUUUGAGCAUGUGGAUGACAUUUAUAUUAGAAUUCUAUAAAGGAAAAAUGAUCGAGUCAAAAAAUACAGCUAUAUUCUUCAUGGUUGUUCGAUUCUUUACAGUUUUAAGAGUGGCUUUGAUUCUUCGACUAGAAAGACAUGUUCACGCAUUUCGUGUUUUACUCUACUCGAUAAAAGCAAGUCUGAGGGAAUUACUUCUUUUAUGUAUAACAUUUGGUAUCGCUACAGUCAUCUUCGCAUGUGCUAUAUUCUAUGCAGAGAUAUUUGAUGAUGGUACAUAUGACAACCUCUUCAUGGCAAUGUGGUGGGCCAUCAUCACCAUGACGACAGUUGGCUACGGAGACAUUUAUCCCACCACACAUAUGGGGUACAUUGUUGGGGUAUUAUGUGCUAUCUCCGGGAUAUUGUUAAUUGCGUUGCCUAUCGCGAUUAUUGCUGCCAAUUUCGCUGGUUUUUAUAUUCACAAUAUCUUCAGAAUGCGACAUUUGAAAGCUGUUCAGAAAGAAAGCAAAUCCACAAUCUAAUAGAAUAUAAUGUAGGAAUUCCAAAACGCAUGUACUGUAUUUGAAAUUCUAGAUUUUGGCUAUUGAAACAUUCAUAUAGUAUUGGCCGUGACUAUCAUUUUGGGAAAUGGGUGGUUUAGGACGGGGGUUCACAUGUCCAAAUUAUCUGAUAAAAUGUUUUUAUUUUGACAUUCUCAAAAUUAUAAAAGUUUUCCAAGUCUGUAUGUAUUUGGAUGUAUUCGUUGUAUGUUAUGUUGAUUUUGCUAGUUUGAUUUAUUUCCUUAUUUUUGGAAUCUUAACAUAUGUAAUAUAUACACAAUCUUUAUCAAUCAAACAUUCAUAGUGUUCAAAUAUAGUCUAAUAUUGAGCUAAGCUUUCAUGUUAGGUCUUGUUUGUAUUUAAAACAAAUUAAAAUGAACUGUACGGUA